ACAGUAUUCGGUUUGUUUACCAACAUCACCAGUAUAUGUUUUCCCAAAAAUUGGAUGUGAGAAUAUCAAUGAAUUCAUUAUAACAACGUUGAGCGUUGAAACCAGCUUUAACUUAGCCUCGGAACUAACGACAUCCAAAGAUGGAACAGCUAACCAGCAGUGAUUGUCGGCUUUGUCUGGAUCCUUUCGCCGAAAAUGUCCGGUCAAUCGAUGAUCCUGAGUUUAAACAACAGAUACAGCAGGUGUUCAAUUUCUCGAUUGAACCUAAGGAUGGGUACUCAUCGAAAGUUUGCCAAAGCUGCAUUUAUACUAUCUCGGAGUUUUAUAAGUACUCGGAAAAAGUACGCCUCAAUCAGCAACGAAUUGGCGGAGUGAGCGUAGCCGAUACCUUUGAGGUGGAAGUAUCGUUCGAAAAUGUUAAAGUUGAACUAGUUGAAGGGGUAGAGCAGGAUAGCUUCGAUGGCGGUCGGACGAGUGUUGAUACGGUUAAACUCGAGAGCGAAUCGGAUAGGGGAGAAGGAACAUCUAGUGACAGCGAAAAUUCCUCAGAAACAUACGUUCCUCCAGGUAGGCAAUUAAGGAAGCGUCCCACAGGAAUAAACAGACGUCGCCGGCAUGAUGUCGACCAGAAACCGAAGAAAACAACAAACACUAAAUCGAAGGAGGAACUCGAGCGGGAUGACAAGCUAAUACAUGACUUCUAUCAGAUGGUGUGCGAUCUAUGCGGGGACCCAGCGCCAAGCUUUGUGACUUUGAUGAGCCACUUUCGGGAGAUCCAUAAUCGAUCAGGUUACGUUGUAUGUUGUAAAAAGAAACUUUUCAGGCGUAGCUUCUUGCUUCAUCACAUAACUUUUCACACAAAUCCAAGUGCAUUCCGAUGUGAGUUGUGUAAUAAGAACUACAAGAACAAGGCUUAUUUGUCACAGCAUCAAAUGAAAGCACACAGCAGCGAAGAGGAACGGCCAUUCAAGUGUACUCGCUGCAAACAGUCUUACGCCAAAAAAUGUAUGCUCGAAGCCCAUAUGGCAAGCCACGAAAAAGUACAGUGUCCGCAGUGUGACCGAAUGCUAUCGAACAAGGGAGCACUGAGUGUGCAUUUGAUAAAAAUGCACAGCGAAAUAGACCGGAAGAUGAUUUGCGAUACAUGCGGGCAAGGGUUUCUCAAUAAAGUUUGCUUCGAGAAUCACGUGAUGAAACACAUGGGUAUCGAGGUUACGAAAAAGUUCCAAUGUCCCGUUUGCCAGAAGUGGCUAACGGGUGAGCGUGGAUUGCAGAAGCAUCUGCGGUUCACGCACAAUGAGAUGGGUGGUGUCCACACGUGUGACGUCUGCCAGCAGCAGUACCCGAACUCGCGUGCGCUCUGGAGCCAUAAGCGCGUUGUUCAUAUAGUGGAGAAGUUCGAGUGCGAGUUUUGCGGGAAAAAGUUCAAGCGUGCAAUUAAUUUAAAGGAACAUCGUACCAUCCACACGGGCGAAGUGUUGUAUGCUUGUGAGUUUUGCGGGGUAACGAUGAAUUCGAAGGCAAACCUGUACACGCACACGAAAAAGAACCAUCCCGAGGAAUGGAAGGAGAAAAAGCUAAAAGCAACCGAAGCAAACAUCCCAACAACGCAAGCGUGAGGACAGCACGAGAUACGAAUGAUACAAAAUAUAAAAACUUGUUCAGAAAAGGGGAAUACAAGAUUGUUUUCAAUUAUAAAUGAUGAUGAACUUUUAAUAUCUAAGCUGUUGGAAAGAGAAAUUUAGUAUUUUAGGCUAGAAGCUGUUCAAAAGAUAAGA